AUGGUGGAGGCACAGACAUGGACGACGCGUCGUAUGAGCAAUCCCCGGCUGCAGGACACGACGUCGUCGCCGGACCAGGUCGUGGACAUCCCAGCCACGCCCACUGGCGACGUCCGCAACGGCACAAGCUACGGGUUCUCCUCCGCCGUUGGAUCGCUGCUCUCCCCGACGCUGUCGACGGCGGCGAUCAUCGCCUCCUGGUACCUCUCCAACAUCGGCGUCCUCCUCCUGAACAAGUACCUCCUCAGCUUCUACGGCUUCCGCUACCCCAUCUUCCUCACCAUGCUCCACAUGAUCUCCUGCGCCGCCUACAGCUACAUCGCCAUCCACCUCCUCGAGCUCGUGCCACGUCAGCACAUCCUCUCCCGCCGCCAGUUCUUCAAGAUCCUCGCCCUCAGCACCAUCUUCUGCUUCUCCGUCGUCUGCGGCAACACCUCCCUCCGCUACCUCCCCGUCUCCUUCAACCAAGCCAUCGGCGCAACGACGCCGUUCUUCACCGCCAUCUUCGCCUUCAUCAUCACCUGUAAGAAAGAGUCCGCUGAGGUCUACGGCGCCCUCCUCCCCGUCGUCUUCGGGAUCGUGGUCGCCAGCAACAGCGAGCCGCUCUUCCACCUCUUCGGCUUUUUAGUUUGUGUGGGGUCCACCGCCGGACGAGCUUUGAAAUCCGUCGUUCAAGGGAUCCUGCUCACCUCCGAAGCUGAGAAGCUCCACUCGAUGAACUUGCUUCUGUACAUGGCUCCAAUGGCUGCCUGCAUUCUGCUGCCCUUCACUCUGUACAUCGAGGGCAACGUGGCGGCGGCGACGGUGGAGAAGGCCCGGAGCGACCCGUUCAUUGUUUUCUUGCUGGUCGGGAAUGCCACGGUGGCUUACUUGGUCAACUUGACCAACUUCUUGGUGACCAAGCACACCAGCGCAUUGACUCUGCAGGUGCUUGGCAACGCCAAAGCGGCGGUGGCGGCCGUCGUUUCGGUGUUGAUAUUCCGGAAUCCAGUCACGGUCAUGGGCAUGACCGGGUUCGCGGUGACCAUCAUGGGGGUGGUGCUUUACAGCGAGGCCAAGAAAAGGUCCAAAGUUACAACUCAUUGA